AUGGCAGAGAAGGAAAAUUUAUCAAAUAGUCUGGAAAGCGAAGAGAGCGCGUCCUUGAAGAACAGUAAGAACAUAUAUUUACAAUUCUGGCAUAAACAACGGAAAAUACUUGUUAGAAGUAUUUUAUUCAUUUUUGCUUCUGUAUUUCUCAUCACUUUAUAUUCAUCUAAAUCAGUUCUUUUCAAUGAAAAAUAUUCAAAUUUACAUAAUUAUUCAAAGCAAGAGACUCAUUUUUAUGGUUAUCCUCCGAAAUUAAUUGACAAUCUCGUUCGUGAUAAAGAAAUUAGUUUUGUAUUUCCCGUCUAUUCUGGUCAUGCCGAAUCUUUACUUAAUCUUCUUCGAUCAAUACGAAAUCUUUGUAAUGAUUGUACACAUGUGCCAAUUAUCAUAAUCACUGAUGAUGCAAGUCAAAAUCUAAUUCAUGAAACUCUACAUAAAAACCACAGUUUAUCAGAUCCUUCAAUGAAACAAUCAUUUCCAAAUCUUCUGAUUAAAUGUCUUCGUGAUGUAAUGCCAUACUAUGAAGCAAACAAAUGGAAUGAUAAUAGUCUUCUAGUGAAUGGAAAAAAAUAUAUGGAAUAUAGAGUUGUUGAUGUAGGUACUUUACUUGGUGGAAAUUUUUCGCCUUUGUUUCAAGCAGUGACGAGCAGCGGAAGUGGUGGCAUGAUCGAAAGAAUUGUUGCUUAUUAUCAUUUUAUUAUGUCAAAUCAAAUUUUGUACAGAAAAUAUAUGGAAUAUAGAGUUGUUGAUGUACGUACUUUACUUGGUGGAAAUUUUUCGCCUUUGUUUCAAGCAGUGACGAGCAGCGGAAGUGGUGGCAUGAUCGAAAGAAUUGGUUUGUCAAUGAUCAAAUUUCCUAAGAUUUAUAAUGAUAUUAUACAUAUUUGGAAAAUAUUUCAAAUACCAUUUUAUCGUCCUGAAGGUGAUGAACGAGUUCAGCUUGAUUUUGUUCUCGAUACUGAUGCAGUUGUGAUGACAAAUAACUUUAUGCUGGGUUUAUAUCGAAUGGGAAUGUCAGAUUAUUGGAAAAACCCACAAGAAGCUUUAAAAAAUGCUGAAAAACAAGGAUGGAAAUCAUUAGCAGAUCAUUUGAAGAACAGAACCAGUCAAACAAGGAACUGA